AUGGCCACCCUAGCAGCAGCCAUCCCCCAUGUCGAUCUCAAUCCCUCCAUGGGCGCCACCUUCGUCGGCCUCAUAGUCGCCACGACGCUGUAUGGGAUUACCCUGGUCCAGACUGGAUACUACUUUGUCACCUUCCGGAAAGAUGACGCCGUCCUCAAGUGGACGGUUGGAGUAUUAACCCUUCUCGAUACAGUCGCUUUAAUAAUCAAUUGUCACGGCUUUUACUGGUACACGAUCUCUAACUGGGGGAAUCCCUUGGUCCUCAACAUUGUCAUCUGGAGUUUUACGGCCAAUGUCUUCUUUACGAAUACGAUUGCCAUCAUCGUACAACUAUACCUCAUUCGUCGCGUGUACAUUCUAAGUCAAAAGAACUGGUGGAUAUGCGCGUUCUUGCUCAUAAUUCCUGCGCGUCUCACAGCAACUGGUUUCGCCUACGGGAUUCGCCUCGCCCAGCUUGGCCUCAACUCCCUGAUACCCAAAAUCCUCUUCCUCAUUCGCACGUCCCUUGCGUCCACGCUCGUCGUCGACGUCCUGAUCACGAUCGCGUUGUGCUUCUACCUCCACCGCAGUCGGACCGGCAUGUCUAGCACGGACACACUGAUCAACACGCUGAUCGUGUACACUGUCAACACCGGUCUCCUUACAACGCUCGUCGCCUUCUUUGAUGUCGUCCUGCACACCGCGCUGGACGGCACGCUCGCGUACUACUGCUUCUACGUGAUGCUUACCAAGUUGUACACGAACUCGUUCCUCGGCACGCUCAACGCACGGCGCGUGCUCCGCGGCAAGGCGGGCGAUGUCGUCACCACCGGCCCCUCGAGCGGCCCCUCGAGCAUGGGUGGGACGACGGCGCGGCAUACACACGAGUCGAUGGAGAUUUCGACGUUGCCGCCUAUGGAGUUCCAUAAGGGUAAAAUGUCCACGAGGGGCGGCGAUGACGAUGACGAGUACUAUGUCUAA